UCGCGGCCGCUGAGUGGCGCGGGCGCGUCACGUGCGCGCGGGGCCGGGCCCGGGCGCAGGACCCCGGGCGCGCUGCGGCUCGCGGGGCCGGCGCGGGCGCGGCGGCUGCGACAUGUCCCACCAGACCGGCAUCCAAGCUAGUGGAAACCUUAAGGACACCUUUGUUGGAGCCAGAAAUGGACGAUACAGGCUUUUAAAAAUAGUCAUUGAAAAUGAACAACUUGUUGUGGGAUCCUCUAGGCAGCCUGUUGGAUCAUGGGAAAAGGAUUAUGAUUACUUUGUUCUUCCCCUUCUUGAAGACAAGCAACCAUGCUAUAUACUGUACAGGUUAGAUUCUCAGAAUGCUCAAGGAUAUGAAUGGAUCUUCAUUGCAUGGUCACCUGAUCACUCCCCUGUUCGUCAGAAAAUGUUGUAUGCAGCAACCCGGGCAACACUUAAGAAAGAAUUUGGAGGUGGUCAUAUUAAGGAUGAAGUAUUUGGAACAGUACAGGAUGAUGUUUCACUGAAUGGAUAUAAAAAAUACUUGAUAUCACAGUCUUCCCCUGCACCUCUGACUGCAGCAGAAGAGGAACUUCGACAAAUUAAGAUUAAUGAGGUACAGACAGAUGUUGGUGUAGAUACUAAGCAUCAAACGCUGCAAGGAGUAGCAUUCCCCAUUGCUAAAGAAGCUAUUCGGGCUUUGGAAAAAUUGAAAAAUAAGCAACUCAAUUAUGUGCAAUUGCAAAUUGAUAUGAAAAAUGAAACUAUUAUUUUGGCCAACACACUUCAUACUGAACUUAAGGACUUGCCAAAAAGAAUUCCAAAGGAUUCUGCGCGUUACCACUUUUUCCUCUAUAAGCAUGCCCAUGAAGGGGACUAUUUGGAAUCCAUAGUUUUCAUCUACUCUAUGCCAGGGUAUACCUGUAGUAUACGAGAACGGAUGCUGUACUCUAGUUGCAAAAGUCCACUGUUAGAAAUUGUAGAAAGACAGUUGCGGAUGCAGAUAAUUAGAAAAAUUGAAAUAGAUAAUGGUGAUGAAUUAACUGCUGACUUCCUUUAUGAAGAGGUUCAUCCAAAACAACAUGCACACAAACAAAGUUUUGCUAAACCAAAAGGUCCUGCAGGGAAAAGGGGAAUUCGGAGACUGAUCAGAGGUCCAGCAGAGACUGAAACACCUACUGAUUAAAAGCUGUUGUUUGCACUAGCAAUAAGAUACUACAGCGAGAAAUGAAAUUUUGGCUUUUGCUAAUGAACUGAAAUCAUUCCAUUCAUAGAUGCUAGGAAAAAAAGCUCUUUUUACUCUUCCCUCUUCUGACCUCAGCACUACUAAUACAGAGUUUCUAUUUACCAUGUUCGAUGACAUGUGGAAGAGCUAAUUAUUUCAAAGCUAGAAGAGGAAAACUAAACCUGUAUCACUUUAUUUUAAAUUUAGAAUCCGUUAUUUAAUAGCUAUACAUGUGAUCAUAAACUUCACAGACGGAAACCUAUUAAGGCCGUGUAUUCUGUGGUUAGUUUCAUUGUUUGUCUAGAUAGCAGACCUGUAUUCAUAUGAGUAGUAGCCUAUUGAAACCAGUAAGACUUACUAUGUGAGUAGACUUGAAGGACUGCAGCAUUGUCCCACAUAAGUCUUUUUCCUUGUAGCUCUCAUGGAUACUACUACAGUAGAGGCCUUUCUUCUGUUUUUGACAUGAUGCAUUGUUUGUUUUGGUUUUCUUGAUAGAAAAGUUGAUUUAAAAUCUGUUAUUUAAAAAAUUGAUGCAGAUGUUUGGGAAUGGGUGGAAUUUUUUUCCAUGAAAAAAAAGCAUGGUCAUUCCAAAUUAAUAAUUACUUUUGUGGAAUUGUCUUCUAAAGAAAUCUGACACAAAAGCACUAUAGCUUUUCCAGACUUUGAUACCACUCUUAAGCCUUAGACGUUAAGUAUCAAGCUAUCAAGUAAAAUGUAAUUAAAAGUGCAUGAGUCAGUAUACUUGAUAGAUUAUGGAGCUGCUUUCAAAACAAUAUACUUAAAGUUUCUAUAAAAACUGAUUAGCUGUGCACUGGGAUCUAAAACUAAGUAAAAAAAAAAACUUGCUUCAUAAUAGAUUGCAACUUAAUAGAUUCAAGAUGGUCUGAAAAUGAUUUUCUGAAAGUUUGAGCUUUAGUAGUAACUUAAAUUUGUAACAAAAAUCCAACUAGGUCUUGAAAAACUGCUGGCAGCGCCUGGCUAGGAUUUGGGGUUUUUUCUUUUUCUUUUUUUUUUUUUUUUUUGCUCCUACAUACUGAAAUCAGAAGAGUAUUGAUUGAAACAUGUUUAAUCUGUUUAAUAGGAAUAGGAAAAAUAGAUGCAUUUUACAAGUAGACUAAAGAAGAACUAGAUGUGAAAAUCAGGUAUACUGAAUGAGCUUAAAUAUUUAAAAUUAUAUAAUGAGGCAGAUCUCUACUGGAUAAAAUAUAUUCCCCAGUGGGGACUUGCUUUUUGGUGUCUUGUGUGUGGGUUUUGUGCUUUUUGAUUUUUAAAAUGACACGAGUUGCAAGUCUUUGUUUACUGCAUAAUAUUACCAUAAAUUGUGGUUGUAUGCAUUACAUAGCUGCAUCACAUUGUUCUUGCCCGAUGGAAGAUGUAUUUUAACCUGUUGUGUAGGGAAGUAAUGCCUUGACACUACUAGUUCUUUGUAAAAUUUAUCUGUUAUUUCAUUUGGAGAUACUAGCUUGUUAUCCACCCUGUUGAGAUUGGGCUGUGUAAUGUGAAGAUUGUAACAAUUGUUGGUUUUACUGUGGUUUUUUUCAUCUGCAGUAGAAAUUUUACACCUCAUCUUUUCUGUUUAAUCUUAUACACUACAUCAGUCUAAUUCAGUAGCUCUUGACCCCCCAGCUAAUCUCCUCGUCCUUAAUGCUACCCUGUUCCUUUUCUGCCUCUUGCCUUCUCCCUCUAGGGCAAGGAGCUGGUCUUGGGAAUUUUUGUUCUACCUACGACCUGUCAGGCAGGCGUUGUUGUCUUUUAAACACAGUUAAGGUCUGUGCAGCUCGCUAGACACUGUAGCUAAGGGUAUUUUUAGUUUAAGUCAGAAUCUUUUUGGCACACUUAAAUUUUUUAAUUUGAUUUAUUAAGGUUAAUAAAGGUUGUUAAGUUAUAAUAAGGUUAAUGGUUGACUGUAGCAGUUAAAAAUCACUGCUAGAGAGCUUUUUGUUUGGAUUCAGUGUUCCUGCCCACAUGCACGCCUGACCUGGCUGACACAUAACACGUUUAUAUUUUACAUUUUUACAACCAUUAGAACCAGUAAAGAAGUUCAGCUUUUUAAUACUAAACGUUUUAAAUAAUGAACAGCUUGACCUGCUAUGGAUAUGUGCAUGUUGUGGGGGUUUUUUUUCUCUAAAUCCUGCCCUAGGUAUGUGGAGGAGUGUUUCUCCAAAUUCUGCCCAAAGCUCAUUUGAGCAUAGACUCCCAUGAGUUUAUAAUGAGUUCAGCCCAAACCAGACAUCUUAAAAUACCUUAUCUUCAAAUAUUUUACAGGGUCAGUUCACAGUCACUGCUUCUGCACAAGUCCCUGACCAGCCCACAGAGUAGUGUCCUGAGCAAAUUUCUCCCUCACGUCUCCCCUAAAAGAGAAACACUGCUGCAACAGACUGUUCUCUUAAAUCAUGUGGAGCCUCACAGCGCUUGCUGGCUGUGCCCUUGGGGCUGCUUGUAGCUAUUCUCCCGACAAAGCAAUAAGAAGCAUCUGAUCUUUUGAAGAUCUGUCAUGUUUACAUCUAUGUAGUUGCCUCACAUCACACUACAUAUGCUCACUGUUACUGACUGUUCAGAGCCAGCACAAAAUAAGGGCAUUAAUAAAAGUUGUUCCUUGAACUGCCUGUAGUCAUUUAAUAAUUGAAAGUGUCCACUCUUAAGUUGUUGGUCUUCAUAAAGAUCCAAAGCAAUGCAACUGCUUGCAGUUAACUCACAAGCUAUUUAGUAGUCAUUAAUGAAAAUGACAACAAGGUAAUUACUUUUGAAAUGCUUAGAUUACAAAGGACUAAAGUAGGGAAAACUGGAUCUCUUAACACAACAUCUCCUCUGGAGGUUUUGUAAAACUAACUAGGGUAAUAAUUGCUCUAUUGCUUGGAUAAACACACUGAUAAAGGAAACUUUUGAUUAUGGUAUCUAUGUAUUGAAUGUAAGCCACCUUCAGAUGCUAGAAUUAAAUAAAAGUUUACUUCAUUAUCUGUUUUGUAAUUUACUUUAUAAAUAAAGAGUGACGCUUUA